AUGACCACCGGUAUGGGAUGUUCAUCGUCCGUUGUGCUCGAGGAACCGAUUCCACAUCCUACGACACCCGUGUUGAACACCAACGAGCAAGGUCGACUUCCUUCGCUAGUGUCGAAACAUCCCGAAUCGUUGGUUGAAGCCUAUCGACGAUUGGACGAAGAAAUCUGUGUUCUGGAAAGUACUACGCCCGGGCCAAGGCUAAUGACGGCCGAAGCUUGGGUAGAGCUAUUAAACAGCGCUAAGGGUGCAGUGAGUAAUAGCACUGGUCAGGAGGUGGUCGUACCACAACCACCAUCAUCACCGCUACCAAAUGAGAUCCUUCCCAACGGGAACAUUCCAAAUGGGGUGCCUGGAGGUGCAUUAAAGCGGCCGUUAUCUGCGGAAAUGGAUAAUCUAACCGAGAAUGCACGCAAAGAGAUGGUUAAGGUUCGUGAAAUCAUCCUCAAGCUAGACAUUGUUUCCAAUGAAUUCAAGGCGGCACAGCAGGAAGAGUUCAUUGCACGGCUUUCCCGUACUGCGAUGGAUCAUGAAGCAGAUCAUUUUCGUGAAGAGAUGAUCGUACAUUCGCGGAAGCGCGUCCAAACCCUACGGACAGCCUUCGAACAGUUAAAACGGUUGUAUCUCGAGCAAGAUCGCUUGCUAGCGACAGUUUACAACGGAGCGUACGGUACGGUGAACGAACAAAAGCUUGACAUUGAGCUGGAUUCAGCACGCGACGUACGAGAUCGUCUCGGUGGAGCCGUUGAACAAUGGCGAAUUGCUGGCGGUUUGUUAAGAGCAGCUGCUAAAGGACUCCACCAGGUGGUGGACUAUUGGGAGCUGAUAAGACCAUCGAAAGGUGCGGAAGAAACGAUCACACUAGCGCUGGACGCACGAUCUACCUGUCACGGUGCACUAAUGGCACUCGAGGCAGCUCAGGCAGCACUUCCAUCGGUUGAGAUACCGUACAUUACGAUCCGUCAGCAGUCGGCCGUACGUCACGCACUGAUCUACCUCCUGACGGACAUGGUUAAUCCUGCCCGGUACCAGCACACGCGUGACGUGUUUAGUGUGUUCAACACGAACGUAUCUAAAGCGGUUCACUGGCUGCACGAAUGUUACAACGAAACACUUAAGCAGGACUUUGACAGUGCCGAUCAGGCUGCUACACUGUUAGCGAAACAUUUGCGUGAAGAACGUCUGCGGUACAUAGUGAGCAAGAUGCCAAACAAAAUCUACAUCCGACCCGCAAUCGGAUAA